AGCAUCGAAGUGGGUUAUUUGUUUAUAUAUGUGUUGUAUAUAAAGUAGCGAAUUAAUCUAAUUCAUAAAAUGCUUCAUAAGUAUUUGAAAUUAAAUAAAUGCUUUUUGCGGGCUCAGUUAUAUCAUUCAAGCAAUGUGUAUUCUAAAUUAAUUUGUUCGAAUAAAUCAUAUUCUACUAAUGUCGAUAAGCAAGAGUCGUCAACCGAUUUUGAAUUGCUUUAUAAUAUCACCAAACAAAAAUUUAAAUCCAAAAAAUUGCCACCAAAUGUAAAUGCUAGAGGUGUCUUUGCAUGCAACGAACUAGACUUGAGCGAAGUGUCCGUCUAUGGAUUUGAUUAUGAUUACACGCUGGCGUGCUACAAACCAUGCCUUCAUGAUUUGCUGUAUAAUUUGGGUCGGGAAAUGUUAAUAAAGAAUUAUAAGUAUCCUAGCGAAAUUGCUGAUCUGGAAUAUAUACCAGGUUUCGCAGUGCGUGGUCUACACUAUGACAUUGAAAAAGGUUUACUGCUGAAACUGGACUCAUUUCUUCAAAUUCAAUUAGACUCAGUAUAUAGAGGCCGUACUAAAAUUUCAGACGAUGAAGUUUUAAAACUAUAUAAAAAUCGUAUAAUUCCUAUUGCUUACGUUGAGGGGCAAUCAAAAAAUUAUCAGCCUAACAUUAAGUCGAAAAUGGUCCAACUCGCUGAUCUGUUCUCUGUGCCUGAAAUGUGCUUAUUGUGCAAUGUUGCGGAAUAUUUUGAGAAAAAACACAUCGAUUAUCAUCCAGAAAUUUUAUUUCAUGAUAUAAAAUCGUCCGUGCAGUCCUGCCAUCCCUUAAUGCAUCGAAUCGUAAUGGAAAAUAUUGAUCAUUAUAUAGAAAAAAACGCAUUACUCCCUGUAUAUUUCGAGAAGCUUAUCAACGCGGGAAAAAAACUAUUUUUGGUGACGAAUAGUCCAUUUUCAUUUGUUGACCGUGGGAUGACCUUGUUAGCUGGUACAAAUUGGCGUAAUUAUUUUGAUGUCAUCAUCGUGCAAGCACGUAAACCAAAGUUCUUUACUGAUGAGUCGAGACCUAUUCGACUAUAUGAUGAAAAAACAAAGACUCACGUUUGGGACAGAGUUUCUAAUCUAGAAAAAGGGAAAAUUUAUUAUGAAGGUACUGUCAAGCAAUUACAAGAUUUAAGAGGCUGGCGUGGUCAUUCAGUCCUGUAUUUUGGUGAUCAUCCAUAUAGUGACUUAGCAGAUGUCACAUUAGAGCAUGGCUGGCGUACUGGCGCAAUUAUAAACGAACUCACUCAUGAAAUUAAUACUCUAAAUAAAGACAGUUUCAAAAUUAAUGCAAAUUGGCUUCAAAUGUUGACUCAGUUAAUUGAGGAGAAUCAAGAUAACGAAACGGAGGCAGCACAGAUCGCAUUAAAGAAAUGGACGGCAGAACGAGAUCAAUUGCGAAACAAAACCAAAAUGGUGUUUAAUAUGCAAUUUGGGAGCGUCUUUCGCACUUACCAUAAUCCAACAUACUUCUCACGGCGUUUAUUUCGCUUUGCUGAUGUUUACACCAGUGACAUAACGAAUUUAUUGAAUUUUUCAACAUCUCACACUUUUUAUCCACGCAGGGGCGUAAUGCCACAUGAAUAUACGUCGUAUUUUAUGUAAUUUCAAUACCCUUACUAUAUUAAGAUUAUUAUUAACUUGUGGUAGCGUUUUACGUUUAUUCAGGUAAAAGUUGUUAAAUAAAAGAUAAAAUAUGCAAAUCAUUAAA